GCGAACACCACCCACAAUCUCGUGUCACUCCCUAGUAACCACGCACUCACUUGGCCAGUGCCGCUCCACGCACGCACGCACAGACAUGGGCAACACCGUGCCGCCGCGCGUGUCCCGCGAGGCCACCGGCGGCAGGAGGGGCGCCGGGACCGCGCGCAGGCGCAGGCGCUCCGAGAACGUUGCCGUCACCGAGGCGGCGCCUCCUGCCACGCCGAGCCGCGUGGUGGGCACGGCGCGCAAGCAGGACGGCGACGUUGAGGAGGAAACGACGCGCGCGGGACGAGCUCUGCGGGCGGGUGGUGGCGACGGCGCGGCCGCGUCCAGCAAGGUGCUGGCGGUGAGGAUCGUGAUGGAGAGGAAGGACGCGGAGGCGCUGGUGGCGAGGCUGAUGGAGGCGCAGAGCGCGCGGGUGCGCAAGGCCAGGAUGGCCGAGCUCAGAAGCGAGCUACGGGCCGGGAGCUGCAGUGGCGCGGCGGCGCGCGCCGAGACGCUGGGACUGGGAGGCAACCGCAUGCUCCCGCCGAUAGACUGAUAGAGGAGAACAGGUGUGAGCGCGCGCCCAGUGGUGCCACACCACUAGCUUUGAGCGCCGGAGCUUGCAGUUUGCUUUAGUACGUGAACAACUUGCAGUAGUGUUUUAAGUUAGACGUGAACAACUUUUUAGCUUUUACCUAGGACAGUCGCGGUUUCAGGUGAGUAGUGUAUGAUUCGUUGGUCACCCGGGCCGUGCCUGUACAUAUGUGUAGGAGUGCUGUGGAGAUGAUUCUAUGGCAGCAUGGCCAGUCUCUAGUCUCUACACAAGUAGUGGUGCAGCUCAGCUAGCUUCUUAGUUCAUGAUCA